AGGUCUAGUCUACCCACCCCAACUGAGAGAGUGUGCAGUAGAGGUACAAAAAAGGCUGCUACACAAAGCAUGAAAAAACAUUUGAACUUUUAGCAAAUCAACAUCUCAUUAUGCCCCAAAUCAGCCCCAUUUAUGCGCACGCUUCGUAAGAUCACCAAAAACCCUUUUUCCGCUCGCGACGUCUCCUUUCUCACCAAAGCUGCAGCGGAGGUAGGUGUUGGGGGCGGGGGAUUGCGGUAGACGAUGAGCAGUUGGGGCAAGGGAGGGGCAGCAGCGCCGCGUACUAGAGUUGCGAUUCCGAGCAGCGUGAAGAAGACGAUCGAUGAUAUUAAGGAGAUCACGGGGCAGAAUCAUGGAGACGAUGAGAUUUAUGCAAUGCUCAAGGAAUGUUCCAUGGAUCCGAAUGAGACCGCUCAGAAGCUUCUUCUUCUCGAUGCUUUCCAUGAAGUGAAAAAGAGACGUGACAGGAGAAGAGAGAAUCCGAAUAAGGAGCCUGCACAGUUGAGGCGGAGGCAAGGUAGUCAGGCCCAGGUGAACAGAGCAAGUCAUGAAAACUAUUCAUACAGACCCCUGUCUCAUGAUGCUGGUGGGGGAAGAAAUUCAUUUGCUGUUAAAGAAAAUUUGACCAGUCAAUUUCCAGAGAAAGUUGUUGGCAAUGCUACCUUGGGUAAUACACAAAAGAUAAAAAGCAAUGAAGCUUCUUCAGUUUCCAGCCCAGUUACUGGUAUAUCUGAUUGUCCAUCUGGUAUAACUUCCCAAAGUACCAAUUCUAACAAAAAUGGCAGUGUGUGGGCAAGUGGAAAUGUUAACAAAUUUAAUGGAUCUACAAAUAGCAGCAUGAGUAAGUUGGAAGAAUCACUGCCGUUGUCAUCACCUGUUUAUUCCAAUAAAAAUGUGGGUUCUCCAGGGCCUAGGGAUAUACGGCAGAAUGAGAUGCUAGAUUCCAGUAAUCGUGCGGUGUCCCUUCCUAGGGUAUCUGCUUCAGGAUCUCAGUCCUCUCCUUUGGAUCCUUUACUGUCACCAUCUCAAGAUAUUCCACACCAUAGUACCAUGGAUACUAUUAGCAGCGAUGUGGGAAGUAAUCAUAUUCUUGUUGAACAGAAUGCCAAUAAUCAUUCUGAGAGAUACAUAGUUUCAACUGUGCCGCAGAAGAUGCCAAAUGACUUUCCUGGAGUUGGACAGAAACAGCAUCUAGUGCAGACUGCCUCAUCUAGGCCUGCUUCUAACGAUAACAUCCUGCCUCAAGUAAUUGUCCCACAAAAAGUGGGUCCUGGAAAAGAGUGGAAACCAAAGUCUACAAACUCCUCUAUUGAUCAGGUUGUCAGCGCAGCUGCUUCAUAUGAAGGCUCUGCAAUAUCUGUUGGAAAUCAACCUGAAUUACAGCAAGCUCCUUCAGAAAAAGCUAGUCCAGAGCUUCAGAGGAUGUUGGAAGAGUUGCACAUUUCUGAUAUCCAGCAAGUUGUUCUUCCUAACCAUGUACAUGUGCCUGAAGCUGGAAAACUCGGGUUUUGUUUUGGAAGUUUUGAUGCAAGCUUCGGACUGGAGAUGACCCAAGAUGGUAGUGUUGGAAGUGACAAGAGUACCCCGCACUCGGAAUCCUCUGAUUCUACUGCUGAACCCACUGAGGUGCUACAGCUAAGAGGGAAUGCUGAAUUAAUAUAUCCUGACCGUACUCAUUCACAUUCACAUUCACGAGAACCAGAAGAUUUGUCACCUACAGAGGUUGAAGUCAUAUCCUCCGAUACCUACCAUUAUGGUGAGCCCAAGCAGGAAGUUUCUCUUCAAGGCCAUCAACACGCUAUCAUCCAUACUGCUUCAAGCUACAAUUAUGGUUAUCUACCACCGCUGUUGAAUGGCCAGCUUAGACUUUCUGAAAAUUCAGAAUCUCAAGUUCAUGGCGCUCUUCCAGGCUUUCCCAUGCAGCAAUCAUUUGAUCCAGUGAGCUAUCAUGCACAAUUCUAUCGAUCUGGCGUGGACGGUGAUGGACGCUGUUCACCUCUUAACUCUGCUGGAGCUGCAAACAAUUACAAUGGAAAUGUUGGACUUAUCUCUGCAAAGACUUCUCAGUCUCCUCAAGAGGGUACUGCACCUCUUUUUAUAUCCGCGGCUUCUCCAGUACCUCUUGUAACCCAAGCUGCUGGCGUUAUACAGAGUUCCAUUUCUGCAAACCAGCAGCCUCUUCCUGUUUUCCACCAGCCAGCUGGAAUUCAUCUACCCCAUUAUCCUCCAUUCAUUCCUUAUGCUCCUUAUUUCUCCCCAGUUUAUGUCCCACCACAUGCUAUCCAUCAAUUUUUCAGCAGCGGCACAUUUCCUCAGCAACCUCACGGUGGCAACUUAUAUCCGAACCCACAUGGGACAACUGCUAAAUAUUCGAUUUCUCAGAAUGAGCAAGGAUCUAAUGCACCAUACCCAAAUCAUGUUGGAGUCCCUGUCAAUUAUGUGCCAUACAGCAUUCCCCUGGCUAACCACACUUCUAGUUCAGUAACUGAAGCUUUAAAUUCAACUUCAAAUGAAGAAGUGAAGGAAAAUAACAUGUAUGCCAGCGAACAGCAGACCGAAGGUCAAGGUGUAUGCUUGGGUCAACCGCCUUUCGCCCCAACACAGCCUGCCCAAGGAUCCUAUGCCGCCGGUAUUUUCCACCCUGCGCACGCACUGACAGCAUCAGCAUUUCACCCAGUUUUGAUGCAACAAUCUCAACCCAUUAGCAUUCCUAUAAAUAUGGUGGGACCAACUGGUGUUUACCCCCCGCCGCCGCAGCAGCAGCAGCAGCAGCACACGCAACUUAACUACUGAGAGAAGGGACGUUUCUCUUAGGAAGUCCAGUGACAAUCAAAUCCCAAACAAUUUUUCUUUUGGGACUUUCAACGAACACUGAACCGAGUGUAAAGUAGUCGAAGGGGCCAAUCGAGCUGGCUCGUAUAGUUUUGUGGUAUUCAUAUAACUUGCAGUAACCUUGGAAUCAUCCUUGUCUUGCUUCUUGAAAACAGCUUUCUACAGGUUUUAGCCUUAUUGCUAGUUUGAUACAGAGUUAGUUUGAGAUUUUUGAGGUAUACAGCGUGACACUGAUUUGAGGUUUCGGUUUUGGUUCUUAGUCAUGCUGUUUUCAGCCCUUGUCUGUAAAGUGAACAUUUUUUCUAGCAAGAAAGCUCUACUUUUGGAUUUUUA